AUGUUCGCCUUCACUGCGCUGUUGCCGUUCUCGGCUCUGAUCGUACGCCAUGUCCUGGCUGCUCCAUUGUUAGAAGAUCGCGCCAUAAGUGACCGCUUCACGCUGUACGACCUGCCCACCCCAUUGCAAGCUCCCUGCGAUUUGGAAGUCGGCCCAGACAAUGCUCUCUGGGGCCAGAGCAUGCUGAAGAACAUCAUCUUCCGCAUCGACCCUACUACCGGCCACAUCGACGAAUAUCCCAUACCUUUCACCACGCCCCUAUCACCUACCAUCAUCCCACUUCCGGGAAUUCUCAAAGACAUUACGGAUCGCACGGUCUUGAGCUGUGCAAUCAGACAUGGCGCAGAUGGUAAUCUCUACGCCGCGAACGGUCUACGGAACCAACUCGUCCGCAUUAAUCCCACCACAAAGAAAAUGGACAUCUUCCAAGAUCCGAACGCCAACCUACUUGGAAACCUACAACCAUUCAACGACUUGUAUAGCGCCAAGGACGGCAUGUACGUAACGGCAACAAGCGGGAAUACCUUUGCAAUCUUUUCCUACGAAACCGAGACUUUUACGACCUAUAACAUUCCCACACCGGCGUCCUUCCCACUCGGAUUAAUCGUCGCUUCCAACGAGAAAGUCUACCUCGCGGAAUUCGUCGCGAAUAAGAUCCUCGUCUUUGACCCUAAGACCAAGUCCAUAGACGAAUUCCCUCUCCCGGAGCCCGCUCAAUUUCCUACCGUCGUUCGCGCCGAAUGUGACGGCUACGUCUACUUUGCCCUAUUCACCGGCAAUGGUAUCGGUCGCAUUAACAUGGAAACCAAUAAAAUCGACCUCUACCAUACCAAUCAGACCGCUCUUAUCGGAGCUGAGAAUACCAUUGAUUCCAAAGGUGGUGUGUGGUAUAGCGCAUUCACAGGAAAUGUCUUGUCGCGACUUAACACCCACACCCUCGAGUUCGACUACGUAACCCUUCCUGUCGGCUUGGGUAAGGAAGGUUUCACGGGCCUUCUCGGUGGGCUUCAACCGGCUGUUGACGUCGCUGUGAACUAUGGCCCGGGAGAUGCGGUUUGGUUUACCUCCUACACCACCAACCAAGUGGGACGGUAUGAUCUCAAGGGCCUCUACAACUGA